GAGGCUGGGCGAUGGCUUUGCGGGUCACUCGGAACACGAAGGUCAAUGCGGAGAACAAAACCAAACCUGUAAUGGCAGCGAGUAAGCGGGGUGCUGCUGCCAAGCCCGGCCUGAGGCCUAGGACUGCCUUGGGUGAUAUUGGCAACAAGGCCUGUGAGACAAAGCCCAAGGAGCUUCUGAAAAAAGAAAUAUUGAAACCUGCAGUUGUGGAUAAAGUCACCAUCAGAAAAGCUGCCCGAGCUGUUGAAAAGGCAACUGAGCCUUUGAAGGGAGAAAAGCCAAUCCCAGAACCUGUUAAGCUGGACUCUCCGUCCCCGAGCCCUAUGGAGACUUCUGGCUGCGCACCAGCAGAGGAAAUGCUGUGCCAGGCCUUCUCAGAUGUUCUGCUUGAAGUGAAAGAUGUAGACACAGAUGAUGCUUCUGACCCAAAUCUCUGCAGUGAAUACGUGAAGGACAUUUACAACUACCUGAAAGUUCUUGAGGAACAACAGUCGGUGAGACCAAACUACCUGGCAGGCCAAGAAAUUACUGGAAACAUGAGGGCCAUCCUAAUUGAUUGGCUUGUGCAGGUUCAAAUGAAAUUCAAACUCCUGCAAGAGACCAUGUACAUGACAGUGGGCAUUAUUGAUCGCUUUCUGCAGAACAACAAAGUCACUAAGAAGAUGCUGCAGCUGGUUGGAGUGACCUCCAUGUUCAUUGCCAGCAAAUAUGAAGAAAUGUUUCCUCCAGAAAUUGGUGACUUUGCCUUUGUGACCGAUCAUACUUACACUAACCAGCAGAUCAGACAAAUGGAAAUGAAGAUCCUAAGAUCUCUGGACUUCAACCUUGGCCGCCCUCUUCCACUGCAUUUUUUAAGAAGGGCAUCCAAAAUUGGGGAGGCGGAUAUACAGCAACACACGCUGGCAAAAUACCUGAUGGAACUCUCACUGGUGGAUUAUGACAUGAUACACUUCCCUCCAUCUCAGAUCGCUGCUGCUGCCUAUUGCUUGUCUACUAAACUUCUGGAUGAGGGAGAGUGGACACCAACCCUGCAACACUACAUGCACUACACAGAGAGUGACCUUCUGCCUGUCAUGCGGUAUAUGGCGAAGAAUGUGAUACUGGUGAACAAAGGCCUUACCAAGCACAUGACUGUCAAGAACAAGUAUGCCAGCAGCAAGCAUGCUAAGAUCAGUACCCUUCCAGCACUGAACUCUGCAAUCAUACAGGAUCUGGCGAAAGUACUGUCAAAAUAAAUACUUUAAC